CAACGAAAGAAAAUAAAACAUGGUUUUCUUAUCAGUCAGGCCUCGUAUCAGGAGAAUAUUCACAGCACAAGCAUUCUCUUCCACCGAACACGAAAACUUUCUGACUUCAGCGGGCGGACCGGACCAGUCAUUCGAAGAAACCCAUGUUGUGAAUCAUGUUGAAAUGCACGAACUGAACUCUCGUUUAAAGGAGCUUGUGAAAACUGGUCAUCUAAAUGAUGCUCGAAAUUUGUUCGAUGAAAUGCCGCAAAGAGAUGAAAUUUCAUGGACCAACAUGAUUUCUGGUUAUGUGAAUUAUUCUCAUGCCCCUGAGGCUUUGAAGUUAUUCUCGAUAAUGAGGAUUCGGCCGGAACUGAGAUUGGACCCUUUUGUGCUUAGUCUUGCACUGAAGGCUUGUGGGCUAAGUAUGAACUUGUACUGUGGGGCAUUGUUACAUGGGUGUUCGAUAAAAUCAGGUUUGGUCAAUUCUGUUUUUGUGGGUAGUACGCUUCUUGAUAUGUAUGCGAAAAUGGGAAAAAUUGAGCUGGGUUGUAGAGUAUUUGAUCACAUGCCGGAUAGAAAUAUAGUAUCUUGGACUGCCAUUAUAAGUGGGCUUGUUCAUGCUGGUUAUAAUGCUCAGGGCUUGUUUUACUUUUCCAAGAUGUGGAAGUUGAAGGUGGAAUGCGAUGCAUAUGCGUAUGCUAUUGCGUUGAAGGCUUGUGCUGAUUUGAGUGCGCUGAUUCAUGGGAAGGCGAUUCACACGCAAACAUUGAAGAAAGGGUUGAAUGAGAGCUCAUUUGUGGCCAACUCUCUUGCUACCAUGUACAAGAAGUGUGGUAAAUUGGACUAUGGAUUUCUCUUGUUUGAUAAAAUGGGAACGCCAGAUGUUGUUUCGUGGACUUCAAUCAUUUCGACAUACAUUCAGAUGGGUCGAGAGAAGGAUGCGAUUGAAGCCUUUAUAAGAAUGCGGGAAGAUGGUGUGAGUCCUAAUGACUAUACCUUUGCUGCUUUGAUCUCUGGAUGUGCCAAUCUAGCUAGAGUUGAAUGGGGUGAACAGCUACAUGCUCAUGUGUUGUGUCGAGGCAUGGCAGAUUAUUUAUCAGUGGCGAAUUCCAUUAUGGCCAUGUACUCAAAAUGUGGGCGUUUAGUUUCAACUUCAACGAUCUUUCGAGGAAUGAGCAAAAAAGAUAUUGUUUCUUGGAGCACUAUAAUCGCAGGGUAUUCUCAAGUAGGCCAUGGAGAAGAAGGUUUUGAGUACUUCUCAUGGAUGAGAAGGGAAGGACCAAAACCUAAUGAGUUUGCUCUUUCUAGUUUGUUAAGUGUUUGUGGAAGCAUGGCGAUGCUAGAACAAGGGAAGCAAUUGCAUGCCCAUGUCUUGUCUGUUGGAUUGGAGCACAAAUCUUUAAUACAGAGUUCUCUGAUUAAUAUGUAUUCAAAAUGUGGUAGUAUAAAGGAAGCCUCAAAAAUAUUCGAUGCAACAGAACAAUACAAUAUAGUGUCAUGGACAGCUAUGAUUGGUGGAUAUGCUGAACAUGGAUACAGUCAAGAAGCCAUUGAUUUGUUUGAAAAGAUACCAAAGGUUGGUUUGAGACCUGACUGUGUAACCUUCAUAGGUGCUCUUACUGCUUGUAGCCAUGGUGGACUUGUUGGUCUUGGUUUUUACUACUUCAAUAUAAUGUGUAGUAAAUAUCAGAUCCAUCCCUCGAAAGAACACUAUGGUUGCAUUAUUGAUCUUUUGUGUCGGGCUGGACGAUUAAGUGAUGCAGAGGAAAUGAUCAGAAGUAUGCCAUCUAAGCCAGAUGAUGUUGUAUGGUCUAUUCUGCUUAGAGCAUGCGGGGUUCAUGGUGAUGUUGACCGUGGAAGACAUGCUGCCGAGGAGAUUCUAAAACUGGAUCCACACUGUGCAGUGACUCACAUCAUCUUGGCUAAGCUAUACGCUGCCAAAGGGAAGUGGCAGGAAUCGGCUGAAGUGAGGAAGAUUUUGAAAUCGAAGGGUCUGAUUAAAGAGCCAGGAUGGUCUUGGAUAGAGGUUAAGGAUCAGAUUUCUACAUUUGUUGCCGGUGACAGGUCUCAUCCACAAUGCGAAGAGAUCUACAAUCUGUUGGAACUACUUGUUUCAAAGCCAGAAAAUGGGACUGAAGAAUUGGUUUAUGAAUUGGUUGAUGUUGCGGAUUAG